UUAUGGGUAGGUAGGCAGGCAAAGUGCACGUCCAGUGUUGCUACCCUUACCAGACUCGAAAUAUCGAAUCAAACCCCCACACCUAUGCUCCCCUGAGCCAUUCCAAAUGCUCACAGCAAAACGUGUGAACCCCAUCUCGCGCGUGACACCCCUCACCCAAAAACGCGCUACCCGCCCCCUUAUGCCUGUUACCUUUACCUACCCCGCCCCCACCAUCCACCAUCCACCACCCGUCGAUCCCUCUGAUCCUCUGAUCUUCGCAUCCGCAAAACGGCCCCCAGUCCAGUCCGCCUCACAAAACAUCCAACUACAAGCAACAGCCCCGCCCUGAAUAAUACGACGAAGGACAGCCAAGAAACGCAAAGUCGCAGUCGCCUACACCUAAAUAAAAUAGAAACUCCUACCUUAAGACCAAAGUAGUAAAAGUAAAGGGGAAAAGCAUGUCGAGCAAUCCCAACCAAGGAGGUGGAAACGCCGCAGGAUCCGACUACCUCGACAAAGCCUUCAACGCCGUAGCCGGUAAAUUCGGGGGCGCACAGGGCAAAAAGAUUGCGGCGAAUAAGGGCAUGAGUGAGAAGAUUACCGAUGGAAUGCGCAAGGCGUACGAAAAAGCGACGGGAAAGAAGGUUGAUCCCAAGAUUUCCAAUUGAGACUAGUAUGGAUUGGUAAGAGAGAGGGGGGAGGCGGGGGGAGGAGACAUGACUCCUAGAAUGAUGGAUGAAUGGAUGGAUGGAUGGAUGGAUGGGAGGGUAUGCAAGGAUAUAUGUAGGGGUCCAUACUUAC